AUGACGUUAUCGCCUUCAUUCUACGAGGUGCUCGGUGUCUCGACCACCUGCAGCUCCGACGACGUCCGGCGCGCGUACCACCAAUUAGCUCGACAGCACCAUCCGGACAAGCGCUCGCCCGUCGUGAAAGCGAACAGGAACCACUCGGCAGUCAAGAGCCAGCAGCAGCAGCAGCAGUUGUUCUUGUGCGUGCAAGAAGCUUAUGAGACGCUGCGGAACACGGAGCUGAGGCGGCAGUACGACGCCAAGUUGCAGCAGGACGCGCUCGUGCGCAAGAGGGAGCACGAGGCCGUGGUCGUGUCCGACGAGGUCACUCUCAGUGCCAUGCAGCGCGUUUAUCUCCAGGGCGAAGACGACGACGCUGUCGUGUUUACACACACUUGUCGCUGUGGAGACGUGUAUGAGAUUUCGGAAAUCGAGAUCUGGGACGGCGUGGACGUUGUGCCGUGCUCUGGCUGCUCGCUGCACAUUCGGGUACUACCAGACAAUUGA